ACAGACGCACUUCACACAAUGAAGGUGAAAGUAAUUUCUCGCUCUACCGAUGAAUUCACCCGAGAACGAAGUCAGGACCUUCAGAGGGUGUUCCGCAACUUUGAUCCUACCCUUCGCACCCAAGAGAAAGCAGUCGAGUAUGUUCGCGCUCUCAAUGCAGCUAAAUUAGAUAAGAUAUUUGCGCGUCCUUUCAUUGGGGCCAUGGAUGGGCACAUUGAUGCGGUUUCGGCGAUGGCUAAGAACCCAGCUAAUUUGAAGUGGCUUUUUUCGGGGUCUAUGGAUGGAGAUAUUCGUCUUUGGGAUUUGGCUACUAGGCAGACAGUAUGCCAGUUUCCUGGUCACCAAGGUGCCGUACGGGGUCUGACAGCAUCAACAGAUGGUCGUGUUCUUGUUUCAUGUGGGACUGAUUCCACUGUCAGGCUCUGGAAUGUUCCCCUUCCUACUCACGCCCAAGAUGAUUCAUCGGAUAACGAAGCCAAGCCACUAGCAACCUAUGUUUGGAAAAGUGCCUUCUGGGGUGUUGAUCACCAAGAGAAUGGGGAACUUUUUGCCACAGCUGGAGCUCAAGUAGACAUAUGGAACCACAACAGGUCUCAGCCAAUCAACACUUUUGAAUGGGGCAAAGAUACAGUUAUAUCUGUGCGGUUUAAUCCAGGGGAACCAAAUGUAUUAGCAACAUCAGGCAGUGAUCGAAGCAUUACUAUAUAUGAUUUACGGCUGUCUUCUCCUGCAAGAAAGAUUAUUAUGCAGACAAAAACAAAUUCCAUAGCAUGGAACCCAAUGGAGCCUAUGAACUUUACAGCUGUAAGCUAA